CGCCCCGCCCCGCCCGAGGGGGAAAACAGUCGCGCGGCGAUGACGUCGCGGGGGCCUGGCCGGGCGUCGCGGACUCGGGAGAUGGAGGAAAAGGAGCAAUUACGGCGACAGAUCCGUCUCCUGCAGGGUCUGAUCGAUGACUACAAAAACCUCCAUGGCAAUGGCUCUGCCCCCGGCACCUCAGCUGCUUCCCGGUGGCCACCACCUGCUUACAACAGCAGCAGGGCCUUCAGUGCCUGCUACCCUCGCCCAAGCCGGAGGGGCUUCUCCCCGAACCACGGGCCUGCGUGGCGCAAGAAAUACUCCCUUGUGAAUCGGCCCCCGGGACCCUCAGACCCACCCGGUGACUGUCCUGUGCCGCUGCCCCGCAGGGCUGGGGGCAGCCAGGGUCCUGACCCCCAGCAGCAUGUCCUGGAGAGGCAGGUGCAGCUUAGUUCAGAUCAGAACAUGGUCAUCAAAGUCAAACCACCAUCAAAACCGGGUUCGGCUAGUGCUGCAGGGGUCCCUCGGGGCUCUUUGGAAGAAUUUGAGGACCCCCCCGGGAGCGACCACAGGCCUCAGGAGGGUGAGGGCGAGCCCCCGGGGGGACAGCGGCAACCCCCAAAGCCAGGAAGAGUCAAGGGGAGCUGUGGUGCAGAGGACCCCCUUCUGGUCUGCCAGGAGGAGCCUGGCAAGCCUCGGGUAGUGAAGUCCGUGAGCAGCAUGAGUGACAGCCCCUCAGAGCCCCGGCGGACUGUCAGUGAGAGUGCAGUUGCCGUCAGGGCGCGCUUCGCAGCGUCCACCCUGCCCCAGCGCAGUGGCGUGGCUGUGGGCCGGAAGGUGGGCUCACACUCUGUGGCCAGCUGUGCCGCGCGUCUCCUCGGAGAUGGGAGAGCGAAUGCUGGCCACACAGAUCAGCCAGCUUCCGCUGGUGUGGUGGCCGGCCCAGCCAGACCAGCUUCUGGACCCAGGCAGGCCCGAGAGUCCUCACUGCUUGUGUCCUGCCGGACCAACAAGUUCCGGAAAAACAACUACAAGUGGGUGGCCGCUUCAGCGAAGAGCCCCCGGGCCACUCGGAGGGCCCUCAGUCCCAGAGCAGCCUCAGAGAAUGUGGGCAAGGCCCCCUUUGGCACAGCAGAACAGGUGGAGAAGCCACAGCUCAGAGCUGAUCCGGAUGCCAAGCCCAGGAGGUCGGCUGCGUCCUCCACGGCUGGGGCCUCCCCCAGCAAGUACAAGUGGAAAGCGUCCAGCCCCUCGGCCUCCUCAUCCUCCUCCUUCCGUUGGCAGUCAGAAGCUGGUAGCAAGGACCACGCCUCCCAGCUCUCUCCCGUCCCGUCUCGGUCCCCCUCGGGGGACAGGCCAGCAGUGGGACCCAGCGGUUUGAAGCCCCUCUUCAGCGAGACCCCGCUCUCGGCUUACAAAGUGAAGAGCCGCACCAAGAUCAUCCGGAGGCGGGGAAGUGCUAGCCUUCCUGGGGACAAGAAGAGCAGCCCCCCACCUGCUGCCACUCCUAAGAGCCAGUUCAGCCUGCGGCGGAGGCAGGCCCUCCGGGGAAAGAGCAGCCCCAUCCUGAAGAAGAUGCCCAACAGGGGCCUGAUGCAGGUCACCAGGCACCGACUGUGCUGCCUGCCUCCAGGCCGGGCCCACCUCCCCACCAAGGAAGUGUCCAGUCUGCACACCCCGCGGACCCCUCCCACCAGCAAAGUGAUCAAGACCCGCUACCGCAUCGUCAAGAAGACCCCAGUAUCUCCUCUCAACGCCCCCCAGUUACCCCUGUCCCUGCCCUCCUGGCGGGCACGGCGGCUCUCCCUGUCCAGGUCUCUGGUGCUGAACCGCCUGCGCCCCACUGCCGGGGGUGGGAAAGCCCAGCCCAGCUCUUCUCGGUGGCGGAAUAAAGGCUACCGCUGCAUCGGGGGCGUCCUGUACAAGGUGUCAGCCAACAAGCUCUCUAAGACCUACGGCCGGCCCGGCGACAGCGGCAGCAGGCCCCUCCUGCGCACAGGCCGCGUGGACCCUACCAGCAGCUGCAGCCGCUCCCUGGCCAGCCGGGCCGUCCAGCGCAGCCUGGCCAUUGUCCGGCAGGCGAGGCAGCGGCGGCGGAAGCAGGAGCAGGAGUACUGCAUGUACUACAACCGCUUCGGCAGGUGCAACCACGGCCAGCACUGUCCCUACAUCCACGACCCCGACAAGGUGGCCGUGUGCACCAGGUUUCUCCGGGGCACGUGCAAGAAGACAGACGGGACGUGCCCCUUCUCCCACCACGUGUCCAAGGAGAAGAUGCCUGUGUGCUCCUAUUUCCUGAAGGGGAUUUGCAGCAACAGCAACUGUCCCUACAGCCAUGUCUACGUGUCCCGGAAGGCAGAGGUCUGCACGGACUUUCUCAAAGGCUACUGCCCACUGGGCGCAAAGGAAGUCCUCGGCUGCCCAGCGCCCCACCAGACAGACGCCCAGCUCCCCUACCUCCAUGGCUGCUGGCUCGGCCUCCCCUCCCUCCUCCCCGCGGGGGUUAGCCGCAGCCUCGGGCUCUCCCCUGUCACCCAAGCCGCCCUCCUCCCCGCUCUCCUCCUCCUCCCUCCUCCCCUCGCCCUCCUCGCCCUCCCCCUCCCCCUCCUCCCCCUCGCCCUCCUCCGCUUCACUGUCCUUGGACCAGGAGGAGCUGUCUCUCCAGGAGGAGGCUGCCUCGGCAGCGACUGGCUCCAGCAGCCUCUCCAAGCUGCCUUCCUUCAUCUCCCUGCAGUCCUCGCCGAGCCCAGGAGGCCAGCCCAGGGCCCGGACCCCCAGGAGCCCCCCAACCAAGGACUCAGGGAAAACUCUGCACAUCAAACCCCGUCUGUGAGGGCCCAGGGGGCCAGCCCGCGCCUACCUCAGCCCCUCGUUCCUGGAGAGGAAGAAGGCCCAUGCCCCAGAGGAGAGGCCGCCUGCCACCGAGUCCCCCCCGGGAGCCCCGGGGCCGUGGCUCUGCCCACCUGGCCCUCAGCCUUCCGUGACCAGUGUGUGCUCAGGGCUCUGCCCAGCCAGCCCCUCUGCACACCCACCUUCCUCCCAGUCCCCCCAGCCCAGAGGGGUGCCGGGCAGGGCUCCCAGCCAGGCCUGUGCCCACGCACCCCCCACCUCCCCCCGGACUCCUGCCAGGCUCCCUGGUGGGUGUUUUAUGUCCAGCAAUAAAGGUUCUGUCCUGUG